UCUGCCCACCGUAAAAUGUGGGGGAAGCUAAUAGUAAGGAGACACAUCUAUUUCAAUAAGGGAACCAGCGAGAGAGCAGCAAAAUGGCGAGUGCGGUGGUCGUGUCUCCAGACUCCAUCCCGGAUAAAAGCAGCCGCUUUAAUUUGUUGUCCUGGAUCAACAACCUGCUGAAGACAAACUUCAAAGAUGUGCGGGAGAUAGGUUCAGGUGCAUGUCACUGUCAAAUCAUGGACUGGGUUAUUCCUGGCUCCAUUGACAUGACCAAGGUGAAGCUUGAUGCACAAGGUGAGGAUGACUGUAAGCACAACUUCAGUCUCCUACACGAGGCCUUCAGCAAGAGCGGUAUCACAAAGGCUAUUCCAGUGGAGGAGCUCAUACAAGGGAAUUCCAAAAUGAACUUUGAGGUCCUGAAGUGGUUCAAAGCUUUCUACGUGGUGAAUGGGAAAAAUGAGGGAUACGACCCCGUGAAAGCUCGGGACGGCCAGGAUAUCAGCCCUAUUGUGGUACCUCACAAAGUGCAUAGAGACAAAUCUAAUUUGGAUUCAGAAACGGAGGACGCGGGCACCGUAAAGAUGAACGCUUUCCCUUUCACUGAAAGGUGGAAGGCUAGCUUCGACUGGGCUGACCAGAGUGCUCUCGGAGAGGAAUACACCUUCUGCCGCUCCUGCAACAGAAACCUGAAGACAUUUAACAAAGGCCUCGUUGAACUCAAGCGACACACGGACACGAAUAAACACAUUAAAAGGGCUCGAAUACACAACGAUGCUGUCCUGAAAAGCGCUCGCUCUGAACCGCUGCCCUGUAGCGACGCAGCCAUCCGGUUUAUUCACAAGCACUGCUACACUGGCUCUGCUGACGGUGAACAUGAUUCUCGACAUUUUGCACGAAGUAAACUGGGAUUGCGGUAUCCCAACGAUGUUACAUCGGUUUGCCAACACACUCCGUACUGCAUCUACAUUUACGGAGGGUGUUCACUGGGAAAAGAUGACACUGUCUCUGUGGUCCUUGUUGGGUUUUUUGAUGUCAAAACCUCCAGGCACUGCAUCCAAUUUCUGGAUGCUCUUCAGUCAGUGGAGGGCGCAGAAGAUCAAAAAGCGGCAGCAGUGGUGGAGACCGUGAAGAAAUUUGGGUUACAAACAGAUAAUCUUGCCGCUGUUUAUUCUGAUGGUAAUGGUGCGGCCUCAAAGAAGAUCUGCUUGCAGCUCAGGGAACUUAACCCGAACAUACUAGCCUUAGGAGGGCUAUAUGCUAUCGCUGAUGCUGCUUGCCAUGCUGGGAUUAAGACACUCUCAAAUCAGGUUCAAGAGUUGAUGGUAGAUAUCCAUGCUCACUACUCCUCCUGCGCUACCAAGAAUUACAACCUCACAGCUCUUUUUGGCUCAGAAACCGGUGCGGAUAGUCCAUCACUUCAUCUCCUCGACAGCUGCCUUAAAUUCUGCCUGUUGGUCACAAAAACCUUGGAGCUAUGGACAGAUCUCAUAAUUUACUUCAAGUCUUGCGACAAGAGCGAUAAGAAAGCCAACUUAAUCUGCUCACAGCUGCAGGAUCCCAAAGUCAGGGGAACAUUUAUGUUCCUGGAGCAGGCCUUGAAGCCUCUGCACAGUUUCCAAAGGCAUUUGCAGACCCUGGAGGGAGCUGCCCGAGGUGAUAUGCUGCUAAUCCUAGAAGAGGGCAGUCGCCUGCUGUCCACCUACACCUCCUACUUCCUUCAACCUAAAGCUGCUGCUCGCUUCCUCAAAGAACGCGAUGCCCAAAUCCUUAAGAAAAAUAAAUACUACCUGUCGAGCCCCGAAUUCAGUCUGGUUGGGAAAGCUGUGGAAGGCUUCCUGAAUGAGUCUGUGGCUCCAGAUGCACUGCCGCUAUUAAAAGAGGAGGCGUUGUCUUUCUACAUCGCACUGACAGGUUGCAUUGCAAAGAAUCUGCCUCUAAGUGAUGAGGUGCUACGUAGCAUAGCUCAGCUGCUGAACCCCCAGAGCAGAGAGAAGGUGACUGGGAAAGUGGUAGAGGAGCUUGGGACCAAGCUGGAAAUCUGCACCUCCCCUGAGGAGGUCAAACGGCUCACAAGUGAAUUCCUUGAGUAUCAGCAAGCGGAGGAGGGAGCGAAAGACAACUCAGAAGGGAGUUCACUGGAGAAGCACUGGGCUCGCGUACUGAAGGAACUCAAUCCGCCAUCCAUCUUCAGAAAGCUUGUCCUGACCCUGUUGUCUCUCCCCUGUCCUCCCCUAGAGGCUCAGCAGGUUUUUACUCAGGCCCUGGAGAAUACUGAUGCUGCAAUGUUUUCUGAGAAUGAGGCCUUUACAGAGAGCCAGUGUGACCUCAUGUCUGACAGCGUUCUCUCUGACAACACUAGCAGCAAAGACACCACAGGUCACACUGAAGACCUGAAUGGCCUUACUGCGUCAGUGAAGCAUUGUGAAGUUCGUCUCACAAAGAUACAUCAAAAAGCCUGCACGCCUGUAGAGAAUGGCGCCACGUGGAAAGAGAUGGAUGUUAGGGGAGGUUAUGGCCGGGAGAACAUCCUGCGCCAGAAGCCACAGGCCCGUACAGUGUUUCAGGCUGGUGCUAGAACCCGGUCCAUCCCCGAAGGUGUUGAUAAGGACAGCAAAAAGGGUCUGGAGUCCCAAGAGGAGGUGGCAGAAGAGGCAUCCCCCCUCAAUAAACCCACACCGAGAGGACGACGGACACUGGCCUACCAGGAUGGCAAAGGGUUCCCAACAGGGGAGCUGGUGUGGGGGAAAGUGAAAGGCUUUUCCUGGUGGCCUGGGAUGGUGAUGUCUUGGAAAACCAAGUCAGCUCCCCAUGGGAUGCGCAGGGUGGAGUGGUUCGGAGACGGGAUGUUCUCAGAGAUCUAUACGGAGAGUCUGUUGACAUUUAGGAACUUCACUAAGUGCUUCUGUAAAAAUUCCUAUGCCAGCUUGCCCGUCUACAAGGAAGCCAUCUUCCAGAUCCUUGAGUUGGCAGGUGAGCGAUGUUCGAAGUCUUUUGCUGAAGCGGAAGGGAACAAAGGAAAAGAGCUGAAGCUGAUGCUGGACUGGGCCUCUGGAGGAUUUCUGCCUUCCGGACCUGAAAAAUUUGGACCUCCUGAUUCUUCUGUACAUCACGAUUCUUCUGACUCUACAAUGUCUGACAACCCGCCUCCAGCAAAAAGGAAAUAUGUUUUUAAAAAUAAGGUGGCCGCACCCGUCAUCAUCUACAACAGAGAAUCAAUAAGAGAAAAGGUCAAAGAAAAAGGCAAACACAUUGAAGAUUUUUGUUUGGCUUGUGGAUCAACUGAGAUUGAAGUGCGGCACCCAUUGUUUGAAGGUGGUCUUUGUCUGAAAUGCAAGGGGAACUUCACAGAGACGCUGUUUCGCUACGAUGAGGACGGCUACCAGUCGUAUUGCACCGUGUGCUGCGCCGGCUCAGAGGUCAUUCUGUGUGGCAACGCCAGCUGCUGCAGAUGUUUCUGUAAGGACUGUGUGGAAAUCCUGGUGGGCCCGGGAACCUUUGACACGCUGAAAGAUAUCGAUCCGUGGAGCUGCUACAUGUGCAAGCCGUCACAGUGCGUCGGAAACCUCAAACUCAGACCAGACUGGAGCGUCAAGGUUCAGGACUUCUUCGCCAACAACAGCGCCAUGGCGUUUGAGCCUCACAGAGUUUACCCCUCCAUCCCUGCUGACCAGCGUCGACCAAUCAGGGUGCUCUCGCUUUUUGACGGCCUUGCAACGGGCUACCUGGUGCUCAAAGACCUCGGCUUCAAGAUUGAGCGCUACAUUGCUUCAGAGAUCUGCGACGAUUCAAUCGCCGUGGGGAUGAUCAAGCACGAGGGAAAGAUCGAAUACGUCAACGAUGUUCGUACCAUCACGAGGAAACACGUGGCAGAAUGGGGUCCGUUUGACCUUCUGAUUGGAGGCAGUCCGUGUAACGACCUGUCCAUGGUCAACCCUAUUCGAAAAGGGUUAUUUGAGGGCACCGGAAGGCUCUUCUUUGAGUUCUACCGUCUUUUGACCUUGUUGAAGCCGAAGGAGGGCGACAACCGUCCCUUCUUCUGGUUGUUUGAGAACGUCGUGUUCAUGAGUUCCCACGAUAAAUCAGAUAUAUGCAGAUUCCUCGAGUGUAAUCCAAUUUUGAUCGACGCAGUGAAAGUUAGUCCCGCUCACAGAGCACGCUAUUUUUGGGGAAAUCUCCCUGGCAUGAACAGACCUCUCGCUACGUCUCUCGAUGACAAAGUGGGCCUCCAGGAUUGUUUGGAAGGCGGACGCAAAGCAUUGUUUGAAAAAGUCCGCACCAUCACAACAAAGUCUAACUCUAUAAGGCAGGGAAAGAUGGGUCCACUUCCUGUCACCAUGAACGGCAAAGAGGACUACCUGUGGUGCACCGAGAUGGAACAGAUCUUUGGCUUCCCCAAACACUACACGGACGUGAACAACAUGGGCCGCGCGCAGAGGCAGAGGGUCCUGGGUCGCUCCUGGAGUGUCCCUGUUAUCCGCCACCUCUUCGCCCCGCUGAAGGAUUACUUUGAAUGUGAAUAGUGACUGUGAACAGAACAGCAGUGGUAAACCUACUGCCUUAAUAUCAUGCCCCGCCCUGCAUCACUAGCCCGUUCAAACUCUCCAGUCUUUUUAUAUAAUGUUAGGAAUUUACUGUAGAAUUUACUAUUUUGACGUGUAGUGUUUACUCACGGGCUUCGUUAAUCCUGUGAAUUGUCAGUCAUCCAUCAUCCACUAUCAGCAGCAGGCACUGACACUUUUCAGUUAGUUUUUUUUCCUUUGAUAGAUGAUGGUGCUGUGAUCAAACAAUAAUUGUGCUCGGAACAUUGGCCUGAAUCGCGAAGCGAGAUCAGACGGUUGACAAGCUAUCUUUGGGCUUAGUUCAGGUUUUCCAGCAUCACAAAGCUGGUUCUUUUUGGGGUAGAUCACUAUGGUAACCUGCCAACAGCUCCAUUACUAACCAAUCAGCUACGGGAAAGAAAUGAGUCCUUCCUACAGGAUCCUGACAUGAACCACGGAAUUUGCAAUGAUCAAUAAAGUUGCAAUAGAGACAUUUUAUAGAUCAGUAGAAUCAUGUUGCCUACCAUGACAGCUGCAAUUAAUGAUCAUGAUUAUUCUCGGCUUUGGCAGCAGGAAGCGCUUUACUUUAACUCAUUUUAAUUCAAUAAUCUAUUCAGAGUUGUUUGUCAUCAUUGGACAACAUGUCUUCAUAUUUGUACGUUGUUCCUAAUAUUUCUACAACUUCAGUGAAGCCAAAGAGAGCUGUUGAACUUGCUUCGUGGUUCAGGCUUUAGGUCUCUACCUCAACACCGAUGUACUGGUUAAACAUCUGUAGUAACACUUUCUUAUCCUGUUUUUAAUUUACAAAUAGGAAAUCUGUCAGUGUGAUCUGUAAUGUUUGUUUUAUUGCAUAAUCUUACCAUUGAUUUUGAGUCUGAUCUAAUCAUGUUCAUCAUUAGCUGUGGUGAAUUGUUUUGUUUUUACUAGCCAAUUUUUUCAAUCUGCUUGAAAUUACAUUCAUCUCGCCUUAGUGCACCAGUGAUUUUGCCCAAAAUGACCUCAUUGAUUUUGCAUCGGUGCUAACAUUGUAUCUUUUUUAAGAUCUGCUAUUUAUACCAAAAAUAUGUACUACUUACUUAUUUGAGAGCAACCAAUUGUGAGUAUUAAUAUUUCCACUUGAGUGUCCACAAUAAUACUGUAAUAAGGACAAGACUACAGAGGUCUGACUUAAACGAGAUGUAGCAGACGUGUAACUUGCAGUAAAGGAUCAUAAUCAUGAUUUUGCACAUUUCCUCCAAAAAAGGCAAAUAUAUUAAUAGCCAACGCCCGCUGCUUUGUUUAAGAACCAACGUUUAAGACCUUUUAUUAUCCUUUCAUGGAAAAAAGAUCAAGAUGUAUCUUUCCUCAGGUUUAUACUGUAAGAACAAGAUAAUAAUUAAAAGUUAUAUAAAAACAGUAAUAAUUAUGUUUUGGUAGCAAUGUGAACAAAAGCCUCAAUGAAGAGGGAGAACUGUAAAAAUUAAAUUGUAAAAACAAUAAAUAAAUAAUAAAAGUAAUGAAUUGUAAUUCAAACUAAAAAUAAUGGAAAAAAAUGAGAAAUUAUGAAAAAGAAGAUUAGAAACCUUUUCUACAUUAAGUAAUCAAAAGGGCUUUAAACAAAGCAGCGAGCCUUGAACUUGAUGGAAACAGUUUGCCCUCCUGUGGAUCCCGACUUUAUCCUGUAGUUUUUGACAUUUCAUAAACCAAACCAUUAAUAAACUAUUAGGACUAAA